AUGGUAUUUUUAAGUGGAUCUCAGGCCAGAGCUCAUAGAUCUAGAAAUAGGAUAGAUCAUACGUUUAGUCUCGGAAAUUUGUUCGGUGAUCCCUUCGCAAUAGCGUCUAUAUUGGCCGCAACAAUAUCAUGGAUUAUAGCAUUAUCCGGCUCCAUAGCGGCUGCAUCUUCAAAUGAAUCGUUUCCAAGGUUUACCUGGUGGGGAAUAGCAUAUCAGUUUUUACUAUUAUGUCUAAUGGUAGUAUUUUAUUGUUACGAUGUCAUAAGUUAUUAUAAGUCUUUCCUAACUGCUGCUAUGGGAGUCGCUCUCGUUUAUAACACUAAUAGUGCUACAAAUUUAAUUUAUUCAGAUGGCUCUAAAAAAGCUGCAGCAUCAGCAGGUGUAAUCUUAUUAUCCAUUAUCAAUAUAAUAUGGAUGUUUUAUUAUGGUGGUGAUAACGCAUCUCCAACCAAUAAAUGGAUCGAUUCAUACUCUUUACAUGGCAUGAAACCAUCUCCAUACGAAAUUACAUUGUUAAGAGCCCGUCGACGUUCGAGCAAAAUUCCACAAAGAAGAAAUAACAGAGAUGUACCUAAUUCAAAUGCUUAUACCGAUGUAUCGCCUCAAAAUUAUGUUUCAUCAACAGCUUUAGCAGAUUUUGAAAAUACAGAACCAUCAUAUGCGGUGAAUAAUAAUGCGCCAUUCACAGAAAUACCUCAAAGCACUAACGAGGACACAUUUUUGUCCAUGCCUUCCAAUGGAAACACCGAAUCUACUAUGGGUGACACAUUGGGUCUCUAUAGUGAUAUUGCAGAUGACAACUUUGCAUAUGUAGCCAAGGCGCUAUAUUCGUAUCAAGCUGAUGAAUCAGAUCAAUACGAGAUAUCAUUUGAACAAGGUGAAAUUUUAAGAGUCAGCGACAUUGAAGGUAGGUGGUGGAAGGCGAAGAGAGAAAAUGGUGAAACUGGUAUCAUACCUAGUAACUACGUUCAACUAAUAAACUCAGAAACGAAUAUAUAA